UUAUUAUUGAACUCUUCAACUACUACAUAUCCAUAGAAAAUUAUUUUCCUAUUUAUUAGGUAGCAAAUCUUUUAGAAUAUCGGUAACAGAAAAGAGGAGAGAGAUUUAUCCAAUGGCUUUAAUUUCGAUACCAUAGUUGAAAAUACUUAUCCAUAAUAAAUCAAACAUAGACGAGAGAGAUUUAUCCAAUGGCUUCAAUUUCCAUCGCUGAAAUCACCCUCAACUCCGGCACCGGCAAAAUCCCCGCCUUGGGGUUUGGCACCGCCUCCGAUCCCCCCGUCGAUUCACUCACCACCAAAACCGCCGUUUUGCAAGGCAUCGAGCUCGGUUACAGGCAUUUCGACACCGCCGCACUCUACAACUCAGAGCAGCCACUCGGGGAAGCCAUAGCCGAAGCCGUGGACCGCCGCUUGAUCGGAUCCCGCCGCGACUUGUUCAUAACCUCUAAGCUAUGGUGCACCGACGCUCAUCCCCAACACGUCGUCUCAGCCCUCAACACAACCCUCAAGAAUCUCCGUACAGAUUACAUCGAUUUGUAUUUGAUUCAUUGGCCGGUGAGUGCUAAGGCUGGAAAAGUUGAAUACCCAAUCAAAGCAGAGGAUUUUGCUCCGAUGGAUUUUGGGGCGGUGUGGGCAGCCAUGGAAGAAUGCCACAGAAUUGGGCUCACCAGAGCAAUCGGAGUCAGCAAUUUUUCUUCCAAGAAGCUUCUAGAAAUCCUGGCCACCGCGAAAAUCCCUCCCGCUGUCAAUCAAGUAGAGGUGAAUCCAUGCUGGCAACAAAAGAAAUUGAUACAGUUCUGCAAGGAAAAGGGGAUACUUGUGGUUGCUUAUGCUCCUCUAGGGGCAUUUCGGACAUUUUACGGCACCAAUAGAGUAAUGGAAUCGCAAGUGCUUAAGCAAAUAGCCGAAGCCAAGGGGAAAACUGUUGCUCAGGUGGCUUUGAGAUGGGCAUAUGAGCAAGGGAUUGGUGUGGUGGCGAAGAGUUUUAAUAGGGAGAGGAUGGAGGAGAACAUGGGCUUAUUUGAUUGGUCAUUGAGCAGUGAAGAAGUUGAUUUGAUUAGUGAAAUCCCACAAGAAAGAGCAUGUCUUGGAGAGGAUUACACCUCUAUCUAUGGCCCUUACAAGACCAUUCAACAACUUUGGGACGAAGAAGAUAUUUCGUAGUUAGUCUUGUCUUUUUCUCCGGAUUGUCAUCUUUAUCCAAUAAAUGCACAAUCAUAAUCUGUAUACAAUAUUCUUGAGUUUAUAAGCUUCUCAGCAUCUUAUAAGAGCUUAUAAACUCAGGCAUACGUAAACGACUUCAUAAUCUCCGCAAGAUUGAAUUAGGUACGGAGUUGCAGAUGUCUUGGAUUGGAGACUGAGAAAACAUUGCGCUGUGGGAUUUAUCUCAUUGUGGAAGCACUGAUUCAAACAUGUCUAAAUUUCCUGUGUGUAGUUGUGGAAGCACUGAUUCAAACAUGUCUAAAUUUCCUAUGAUGACACGAAAAGAAUCCGAACGCGACUCCGCCCUAAUCCAGAGCUGAGUAAGGAGAAUAAUAUGGAUUAUGGACGAGAACGAAACGACAACCAACAUUACCUACAACGAUGUAAUUGAUGCAGUCAACCUCCAAGUCACGAACAUCGGAGAGGUCCCAACAACCUCAAGAGACAAAAGCACGUCAGUUUCAGACAAUGAUAGUUGUUCAAGGAGACAGGCAGUUCCCAAUAUAAACACCACAAACCUUACCCCUCACAUCCACAUAAUGCACUGAGUUUCUUCAGCAGCUUCAGAUUAUUGGGGAAAUUCCCUUCUUUGUAUGGGAAGGAGUAACGCUAUUUUGAUAAUGGGAUCAAGAUCAAAUCAAGAGGUUCAAACCUUUCUACUUAUUGUGUAACUAAUCCAAUCAUCUAUUCAUACUUUAGGAGAUGAAUAUAAAUAGAAUGACAAUAUGAAUUUGAAAUUUCACAAGAUUA